UGCAGGAGAUCUUUGAUGUCUCGGUUCCGCCCUUGCGGGGAGGUGAGGCCGCAAGAUGGCGGCAGUCGCAGAGUUGACGUUGCUGGAGAAGUCCCUGGGGCUGAAUAAAGGGAACAAAUACAACACUCAUGGCGAGCGCCAGAUUCCAGUUCUUCAAACAAACAAUGGUCCAAAUCUAAUAGGAUUGACGACUAUAGCAGCUCAUCUAGUCAAGCAAGCCAACAAAGAAUAUUUGCUUGGAAGCACUGCAGAAGAAAAAGCAAUAGUUCAACAGUGGUUAGAAUACAGAGUAACUCAAGUAGAUGGACACACCAAUAAAGAUGAUAUCCGCAUUCUAUUGAAGGAUCUUAAUUCAUAUCUUGAAGAUAAAGUCUACCUUACAGGAUAUAACUUCACCUUAGCAGAUAUCUUAUUAUACUAUGGACUUCAUCGUUUUAUAGUUGACCUGACAGUUCAAGAAAAGGAGAAAUAUCUUAAUGUCUCUCGCUGGUUUUGUCACAUUCAGCAUUACCCAGGCGUCAGGCAGCACCUGACUAGUGUUGUCUUCAUCAAGAACAGACUCUAUACUAAUUCCCACUAGAAGUACCCAUGCCGCACAGAAGAGCGAUUUCAAAUAUUUUAACUGGAAAGUAUACUCUGGACCAGAGGACUAACGUAAAUUGAUAAGCAGCCAUUCUCUAUUUGCUGAAGUUGAUAGAAGUUUUUAAAUAUAAGCUUGUGUCUGAAUGCUUUGUUCUUUAGUUGAAAUUUUGCAAUUUUUAAUGUAAAAAUUCAGCUGCUGUCAAAACUUGAGAUAAGAUCAUCCAGUUAUAAAUUACCUUGUUUUAUAGAUGAAAGUUAUUUUAAUAAAAGUUGCAAAUCAAUGGCCUAACUUAAAAUACAAAAUAAAAGAAAUAGUCCUUUUUAUGGUUAACCCAUUUGGCUAUGUAUUGACCAUAUUUUCUUUCAUAUUUUAAAAUUCAUUUCCCCAUUACAGCUAUUUACAGUAGUUUAUUAGGAUCAUAAUGUGCCAAGGAUACCGAAAGGGAAGACAGAUGGAUUUGUUUUCAAAUAUUUAUGUAAACC